ACAAAAGCUUCAAUUAAAACUACACAUAUCAACAUUUGAAUCAUAAUGGAGAGAGUAACAAAGAUGGUUUCAGAGAGGCCAGUGGUGAUAUUCAGCAAGAGUUCAUGUUGCAUGAGUCAUACCAUAAAGACACUUUUUUGUGACUUUGGUGUGAAUCCAGCAGUUUAUGAACUUGAUGAGAUAUCAAGAGGAAGAGAGAUUGAACAAGCACUUUCAAGACUUGGUUCUUCUCCAUCUGUUCCAACUGUUUUCAUUGGCGGUGAGCUUGUUGGUGGAGCCAAUCAAGUCAUGAGUCUCCAUCUUAACCGCACUUUGAUUCCAAUGCUUAAAAAAGCUGGAGCUCUUUGGGUUUAAUUGAUUCAAUCAUACACCAGUCACUCAAUAUAAUAGAGAAAAAGAGAGAGGCAGGAUAUACGUAAGAUGAGUUUAAUAUUAGAGUUUAUAGCUCUAGGUAACAGUGUUAUAAGUGUAACUUAAAUGAUAGAUUUUGGGUGCUUUAUUUAGGGACAAGGUUAUUGUACCGCCACUGCACUACAUGUGGAAUCGAGUCUUCCAUUUAGCCUUUCCUUUUUUGGGGCUAAAUGUAAUGUUUUUGUUUUUGAUGUAAUGUUAUCUUUUGAUAAGUGCGAUAAUAAACUAUAUGGA